ACGCUCCGGAGCUAGAUUUAAUGGGAUCGAUGUUGUUUUUGGCAAGUUCAGUGAUGCAUGUGGACGAGGUGUUUGGGAAUGGAGUUGAAGAUAUCAAGCUACUAAAAGGAAUCGAUGAUGAGCAUGGAGGAGUUAUUGUGGAGAUGAAGGAGGCAAUGACCCCCGAGGUCUUUGUCACUGUGCUUAGAGCUUCAUUGUUGCAGUGGAAGCAUCAGGGCAAAAAAGGAGUCUGGAUUAAACUGCCUAUAGUACUAGUUAAUCUGGUUGAAACUGCAGUCAAGGAGGGAUUUUGGUAUCACCAUGCUGAGCCAAACUAUCUCAUGCUUGUUUACUGGAUUCCUGAAACUGGGAACACUAUACCUGCAAAUGCUACGCAUCAAGUCAGUGUUGGUGCUCUUGUCUUUAAUGAUAGAAGAGAGUUGCUUGUAGUCAAGGAAAAGAGUGGCAAUUUCCAAAUAAUAGGUUUGUGGAAAAUUCCAACUGGAAUUGUUGAUGAGGGUGAGGAUAUCUCCAAGGCAGCCAUUAGAGAAGUAAAAGAAGAGACAGGAAUUGACACACAGUUUAUUGAGAUCUUAGCAUUCAGACAAUCACACAAGUCAUUCUUUGAGAAAUCAGAUUUAUUCUUCUUGUGUAUGUUGCGUCCUUUAUCAUUUGACAUCCAAAAACAAGAACUAGAGAUUGAGGCAGCCCAGUGGAUGCCAUUUGAGGAAUAUGCAGCUCAACCUUUCGUUCAGAAGACUGAGAUUUUCAAGUACAUAACUGACUUAUGCAUAGCAAAGAUAGACAACCGCUACACUGGAUUUUCUCCACGGGCUACAGCAUCAAUCUUUCGUGACGACCUGGGUUACCUUUAUUUGAACAGAUUGGAUUUAGACCAGUCAAAAGUUGAUGUUCGAAAAAUAAAUGAUAUAUAAGUUUGUGUUGAUUUUGUUGUACCAUUUAUAUGUAACUCAAUAUUAUUUUUAUCCUUGAUCCUUGUGAUUUCUUUAUAUCAUAACUCAUAAGAGAAUGUUCAUUGAUUAUGAAGUUUUUAUUCAUGUCUAAUGUGGUGUGGAUGUUAUAUACAGACAUCAAAUAGAGACACCAUCUCAAUGGAUCCAACUUAGACAUAGCUUACUACAAAAGCAAACCGAUCGAAAAGGUAAGUUGUUAACUACUGACUUCUUAUAUGAGCAGUCA